AUGCCGCCACGACGGAGGGAGGAAAAGUCGAUGGCGCCCAGCCCCAGUCCGGCGCUGCGCUCUAGCCGCUCGCGCUCGCAGAUGAGCGAGGUGGAGGCGCUGCCUGAGCCUGUGCUCCCCGUGACAGAAGAGUCUGCCGAGGAGGAGGACGCGGCCGAGGACGACAACGACGAGACCGAGGACGCCGAGGCCGACGAGCCCGCCGAGGCCCAGGCGCCUGCCAAGCCCUCGAUCGAGGACCGCAAGGCCAAGCUCAAGGAGCUGCGCUUGCGAAUGAACCAAUCGGCCGCAGACAACCGCAAGGACCUGGUCGCCGACCACCAGAAGGCAAAAGUGACUGCCAAGGAGGUGCAGCGGCUCGAAAAGCAGCGCAAGCUCGCGCAGACUUUGCGGCUCAAGGCCGACGCCGAGGCGAGCGGCGAGGACCUCGAGCGCCGCAAGGCGUGGGAGUGGAGCAUUGAGCAGAAUGAGCGCUGGGAGAAGAAGCUGUCCGAGCAGGCCGAGCGGAGCGACACAAACUUCCACAAUGCCGAGGACGACGCGUUCAAAAAGUACAACAAGAACGUGCGCACCACCAAGCCCGACCUCGUCGCCUACUCGCGGCAGAAGGAGGCCGCGCUCGGCCUGGCACCGGGCACGCUGGCGCCCAUCGGCGCGACGAGCGACCAGAUUGCUGCGGCUGGGCCGGGCCCGUCGUCUGCUGCGCGCGGCUUGACGGCCGCAGAGGACUUGUACCGCGGUGCCGACACGCUCGCGUACGGCGACUCGAAGCCGAGCGACGACGCGAUCGACCGUGUCAUCUCCAAGAUCAACAAGGACAUCGGCGGCAAGAAGAAGCGCAAGGACGACGACGAGGGCGGAGACGUCACGUACAUCAACGAGCGCAACAAGGUGUUCAACAAGAAGAUUGCGCGCUACUUUGACAAAUACACCAAAGAGAUCAAGGCGAGUCUCGAGCGCGGCACGGCGCUUUGA